AUGGGGUAGAAAAACUGAAAACAAUUUAUAUUAUCAGAAGCAGCAGUUCGUCAACGGUCGAAACGAUACAACACGUAGAGUGAACGGUAAUCAAGAGCAGAAAGCAAAAAUAAUUUUAUAGAAUUUUUUUUCUUUGAAAAUAAUACAGUUUUUAAGAAAUCUACGGAGAAUGUCAUUAACCGGGGAAAGUGUAGCUACCACUGUGUAUGAGGGUCAAAAGCCAGGUACCAGUGGAUUACGCAAAAAGGUCAAGGUAUUUACUCAAACCAAUUAUACCGAGAAUUUUGUGCAAUGUAUUUUGGAUGCCAAUGGUGAAGCCCUUAAAGGCUCCACUCUGGUUGUAGGUGGUGAUGGUCGUUUCUAUUGCAAAGAAGCUGCUGAAUUAAUAAUACGCAUGUGUGCUGCUAAUGGGGUUUCCAAACUUUUGGUAGGCCAAAAUGGUAUCCUCUCCACCCCAGCCGUUUCCAGUUUGAUACGUGUUAAUAAGGCUUUAGGUGGCAUUGUUUUAACCGCUUCCCACAAUCCUGGCGGUCCCGAAAAUGAUUUUGGCAUUAAAUUCAAUUGUGAAAACGGUGGCCCAGCUCCUGAUGCUUUCACCAAUAAAAUCUAUGAACUCUCAAAUGGUAUUAAAGCCUACAAAAUUGUCAAGGCUCUACAGGUUGACAUUAGUAAAGUGGGUUCGAACAGUUUUACUGUUAACAGCCAACCAUUUGUGGUGGAAGUUAUUGAUUCGGUGGCCAAUUAUGUCAGUCACAUGAAGGAAAUAUUUGAUUUUGCCAAAUUGCGUGAUUAUGUGAGUGGCAAGGCAACUGGAAAACCCUUGAAAAUGCGUAUUGAUGCUUUGAAUGGUGUAACUGGUCCCUAUGUACGUGAAAUCUUUCUCAAUUGUUUGGGUGCUGCAGAGAAUUGUGUGGUUCAUACAACACCUUUGCCAGAUUUUGGUGGUCUACAUCCUGAUCCUAAUUUGACUUAUGCCAAGGAUUUGGUAGAUGCUGUGGCUAAUGGAGAUUAUGAUAUUGGUGCUGCUUUUGAUGGUGAUGGUGAUCGUAACAUGAUUAUUGGCCACAAGGCCUUCUUUGUAACACCCAGUGAUUCAUUGGCCGUGAUUGCCCAUUAUUUGGAGUGUAUACCCUAUUUCCAAAAGAAUGGAAUACAAGGUUUUGCCAGAAGUAUGCCCACCGCUUCGGCUGUUGAUUUGGUAGCCAAAAAAUUGGGCAAAGAAAUAUUUGAGGUGCCUACAGGCUGGAAAUAUUUCGGCAACUUAAUGGAUGCUGGUCGUUUGUGCUUGUGUGGUGAGGAGAGUUUUGGCACUGGCUCCAAUCACAUACGUGAAAAGGAUGGUAUUUGGGCCGUUUUGGCUUGGCUCUCAAUUAUGCAACACACCGGCAAGGGUAUUGAGGAUAUUUUAAAAAAUCAUUGGUCCAUUUAUGGCCGCAACUACUUUACCCGUUAUGACUAUGAAGAAUGUGAUUUGGAACCCUGCAAUCAAAUGAUGGCCACCAUGGAGAAAACCAUUACCGAUGCCUCAUUUGCUGGCAAAGAAUUUUCAAGCGGUGGCAAAAGCUACAAAGUGAAAGUGGCUGAUAAUUUUGCCUACACCGAUCCCGUGGACAAGUCUGUGGCUACAAAACAAGGUUUGCGUAUAGUAUUUGAAGAUGGCAGUCGUAUUGUCAUGCGUCUUAGUGGUACUGGCAGUUCUGGCGCCACCGUUCGUCUUUACAUUGAUUCUUAUGAAAAAGACAAUGUCUUGGGCCAAGCUAGUGUCAUGUUGAAGCCCCUGAUUGAUAUUGCCUUGGAAAUUUCACAACUGCCUAAAUUCACCGGCCGUAAUGCUCCCACCGUUAUUACAUAAAUCUAUAAUUAAGCACAAAUACUACCUCGUUGUUAAAACAGAGCAGCAGCACAAACUACCAAAAAAUUCUACCUCAUUUUUAUAAGAGGUAAUGGUCAAAUUUAUAUAGUUUUUUCCUUUUGUUUCUUUGUUACCCAAAAAAAUUAUUAUUUCAUUUUUAAUGUAAUGCAUUUGUUGGUAAAAUUAUCGAAUAUAUUUAAUAAAUAUAUUAUUUAAAAUAAAAAAAAAACAAAAAAAAAAUAA